GGCAGCAGUACCCCCUCCAGUUUACGGUCUCAGCGCCGCUUCAACGUGAUCGCGUCUCUCUCUGCUGAGAGCAGCGGUGUGGUUUCAGAGGAGCGCUCACAGUCUUCCCUCAUACGCACUUCAAACAGGAUGUAGCGUCUGAGACAGACCACGGAAAGAAAAAAAAAGAAGCGGGUUAAAACACUGAGAUGUGACAGACAUCAGUGAGCCAGAAAUGACCGCCACUGCGGAGGAGAAGAAGAAGACUGGAGGAGUCCCGAUGAGGCAGCUCGCCGCCGGCAGGUCUUGACGGCUGCUCCCGCUGACCUGAGACACCCCGCACCGCCGCAGCACCGCACGGUUUACACAGACUGAACACCCAGCAGAGCCGAAACACUCCACGUCCCGUCUGUGAACCUUGAAUGCGAUAAUGGCGAGCCAGGGCGACUGCUCUGUGAAGGUUGCGUUAAGGAUUCGUCCUCAGAUGGCCAAGGAGAAGAUAGAGGGCUGUCAUGUGUGCACGCUGGUCACACCUGGAGAACCACAAGUCCUCCUGGGAAAGGACAAGGCCUUCACCUACGACUACGUGUUUGACAUCGACUCAGAGCAGCAGCACAUCUACCAGGCCUGUGUGUACAAGCUCAUCGAGGGCUGCUUAGAGGGCUACAACGCCACCGUGUUCGCGUAUGGCCAGACGGGUUCGGGGAAGACCUACACCAUGGGGACGGGCUUCGACUUGAGCCUGAGCCAGCAGGAGCAGGGCAUCAUACCGCGGGCUGUUCACCAGCUGUUUGAGGGAAUCCAGACCAGGAGGGUGCGCGCCCAAGAGGCUGGCACCCAGCCGCCUGAAUUCAAAGUCAGCGCCCAAUUCCUAGAGCUGUACAAUGAAGAGAUCCUGGACUUGUUUGACGGAGCCAGAGAACCAGAGAGUCGGUGCAGGAAGUCCAACAUUAAGAUCCACGAGGACGCCAGUGGCAGCAUCUACACCACUGGAGUCACUUCCAGGCUGGUGCACUCAGAGGAGGAGCUGCUGCAGUGUCUGAAGCUUGGCGCUCUGUCCCGCACCACAGCCAGCACCCAGAUGAAUGCCCAGAGCUCCCGCUCGCACGCCAUCUUCACCAUCCACCUCUGUCAGAUGAGAGUGUGCCAGCAGCCUCCAAUGCAAAAUGGCGGAGGAGAGAACGGGGAAGUGAAUGGCGUGGACUCCAGCCCCAUCGCCCAGCCGGAGUUCGAGACGCUGAUGGCCAAGUUCCACUUUGUGGACCUGGCCGGCUCUGAGAGGCUGAAACGCACCGGAGCUACAGGAGAGAGAGCCCGCGAGGGAAUCUCUAUCAACUGUGGACUGCUGGCACUGGGAAAUGUGAUCAGUGCUUUAGGAGACCAGACUAAGAAGGGAGGCCACGUCCCUUACAGAGACUCCAAACUCACUCGUCUGCUGCAGGACUCACUGGGAGGCAACAGUCGCACAGUGAUGAUCGCCUGCGUCAGUCCUUCCGACCGGGACUUCAUGGAGACACUGAACACUCUGAAGUAUGCCAACCGCGCCCGAAACAUCAAGAACAAGGUGGUGAUGAACCAAGACAAAACCAGCCAGCAGAUCAGCGCCCUGCGUGCAGAGAUAGCCCGGCUUCAGCUUGAACUGAUGGAGUACAAGGCGGGGAAGCGUGUGGCAUGUGAGGAUGGUUCAGAGGGCUACAGUGACCUGUAUCAGGAGAAUGCCAUGCUGCAGAGAGAAAGCGACACACUGCGCCUCAGGGUAAAGGCCAUGCAGGAGACCAUUGACCACCUCAACACCCGUGUAACACACCUGCUGGCCAAUGAGGUCAGCACUCUGCUGACCAAGUCAAGUGAGGGCAAUGAGGAGAUCGGGGUUCUAAUCCAGAACUACAUCCGAGAGGUUGAAGAACUUAGAACCAAGCUCCUUGAGAGCGAGGCCAUGAACGAGUCGUUGCGACGGCAGGCGGCCCGAUUUUCCUCGCGUUCCCCGUUCCCCACCUCCACUCUCAGCCCCGCCCCUGGCCACCCCCCUGGCUCUUCCCCUGCUCCCCUGUCCAUGGAGGCCGAGAUGACGGACGUGUUACGCCGGGCCAAGAUGGACAUUGAGAGGCUGAAGAAGAAGGAGAGGAGGCAGAGGAGGAUGAGCCCGGAGCUGGAGAAAGGUCUGAAGAAACGAGUAAAACUGCACAGUCACGAGAAUGGAGAGAACGGGCAGAGCGGCCAAAACGGACAGAACGGAGAGAUCGAUUCAGAUGACAAUUAUGCUGAGGACAUCAUGUCUCCGCUGCAGGAGGAGAGCGGCUGUGAGGAAGAUGAGGGGGAGGAGGAGGACGAGGGCCGGGAGGAGGAGGACGAGUUUGACAGCGACGAGAGCCAGGUGGACUCAGACUCGGACUCUGAUGAGAAAGCAGCCAACUUCCAGGCCGACCUGGCUGAUCUGACCUGCGAGAUUGAGAUCAAACAGAAGCUGAUAGACGAGCUGGAGAACAGCCAGCGGAGGCUGCUGAUGCUGAAGUUGCAGUACGAGGAGAAGCUCAUUCUACUGCAGAACAAGAUCCGAGACACUCAGCUGGAGAGAGACCGCGUGCUGCAGAACCUCAUGUCCAUGGAGAACUACACGGAGGAGAAGGCCAGCCGGAUCAAGCAGGAGUAUGAGAAACGUCUUAAGGAGAUGAACCGAGACCUGCUGAAGCUACAAGCAGCACAGAAAGAGCAUGCGCGUCUCCUCAAGAACCAGGGGAGGUACGAACGGGAGCUGAAGAAACUCCAGACAGAGGUCAACGACAUGAAGAAGGCCAAGGUGACACUGAUGAAGCAGAUGAAGGAGGAGCAGCAGAGGAGGAGGAUGGUGGAGGCAAAGAGGAACCGCGAGAUCGCCCAGCUCAAGAAGGAGCAGCGGCGACAAGAGUACCAGAUUCGAGCGUUGGAGUCUCAGAAGCGGCAGCAGGAGCUGGUGCUGCGCAGGAAGACCCAGGAGGUGACCGCCCUGCGGCGCCUGGCCAAGCCCAUGUCAGACCGCGUGGCCGGACGCGUGGCCCGCUGGAACCAGACUCCCCCAGUUACGGACUCUGGAGCCGAGUUGUCAGCCAGCACUACAGCAAGUAACUCUGAGCCUGAGACUGGGAGGACUGUGAGUGGGCUGGUGAGGCAGUGGAACAGCAAAAACAAUGGAUUUGGAUACCUGGGAGAGAGCGAAGGGAGCAUGGAUGGAACCCGGGUCAUUGGCAGUAGGAAGAAGUUGCAGCGUAAGCCAGCGGGCCUGGGCAACAUUGGAGUGGCGGGCAGAGCCAGCAGUUUCUCCAAGUCUGCCCGUCAGAAGUGGCAAGCCCUGGAGCGUCGCAUUAUGGACAUUGUCAUGCAGAGAAUGACCAUCUCUAAUGUGGAAGCUGACAUGGAUCGCCUUAUCAAGAAGCGAGAGGAGCUGACGGGCCAGCAGGAAGCGCUCUCGCAUAAGAGGGAGGUUCUAAUGGCGGACGGGGAGGGACCAGAAGCAGAGGACCGCCUCCUUCAGGAAAUUAAUGAGGAGAUAGAGGUGCUGAAUGCCAAUAUAGACUAUAUCAAUGACAGCCUUUCUGACUGCCAGGCCACCAUUGUACAGAUAGAAGAGACCAAGGAUGAGCUGGACUCAGUGGACACCUCGGUUGUGAUCAGCUCCUGCUCUCUGGCUGAAGCACGCCACCUGCUGGACCACUUCCUGAAGGCUUCCAUAGACAAAAGUUUACAGGUUGCUCAGAAGGAGGCUCAGGUCAGACUGCUGGAGGGCCAGCUGAGACAGACGGAUAUGAUUGGCUCAUCCCACAAUCACAUGAUCCUCGAUGCCCUGCGAGAAAAGGCAGAAUAUAUCCCUGAGCUGCAGGCUCUUAUCCACAAUGUACAGCAGGAAAAUGGUUACGCCAGUACAGACGAGGAGCCCUCUGAGUUCAGCCAAGCCUCCGACAGCAGUGUAUCUCAAAUGAAAGAGUCCAACAGCCAAGAUGAUUUCAAGAUAAAGGUGGAGCCUCGUCUGUCAGCUCAGAUAAAGGCGGUGUCGGCGGAGUAUCUGGGUCCCAUCCUGGACCCCUCAUCAGGCAGCAAACCGCAGCACAUCACAAAGUCUUUGGCCUCGCUGACGGACAUCCAGGAGGACGGCCUGAGCCUGGGGACAACGAGUCUGGGGUUUAGCCUGGCCAUACGAGACCCUUACCACAGGGACCGGGCGUCCCGCACCAUCAGCCUACCUAUCAGGGGACACACCUUUCCCAGGCAGUCUCGGGGUUAUGACACUUCCCCCAUAACAAGGAGGAAAUCUUACGACCGUGCGUACAGGCCCACUGAUGGCUAUACUCCCCCCUCCUCCCCUCCUCUGAGGACCAGGAACGACCGCAACGUGUUCUCAAGGCUCACCAGCAACCAAACCCAAGGGUCUGCUCUGGACAACGUGGUUAACCCUUUCCUCUUCCUGCCCCGCCCUCCCCUCUCCUGCUCCUCUUCUGCCUCCAGGUCGGAUGACAGCGACUCCUCGCUCUCCGAGGUGCUCAGGGGUGUAAUCAAUCCCAUUGGGGGUGUGAAGGGGGGUCGGACGGCGCCUCUGCAGUGUGUUUCUGUAGCCGAGGGCCACUCAAAGCCAGUCCUGUGUGUGGAUGCUACAGAUGAGCUGCUGUUCACUGGAUCUAAAGAUCGUACCUGUAAGAUGUGGAACCUGGUAACAGGUCAGGAGAUAGUCACCCUCAAAGGCCACCCAAACAAUGUGGUAUCAGUCAAAUAUUGCCCUUCCUCCUGUCUGGUCUUCUCUGUCUCCACCUCCUACAUCAAGGUGUGGGACAUCCGUGACUCUGCCAAGUGUGUCCGCACGUUUACUUCAUCGGGGCAGGUGGUUUCAGGUGAUGCGUGUGCGGGCACCACCACCCGCACAAUAACCUUUGCACAGGGCGAGUGUCAGAUCAACCAGAUCGCCCUCAACCCGUCAGGUUCUGUGCUCUAUGCUGCUGCUGGAAACACUGUUCGCAUGUGGGACCUCAACAGGAUGCAAGGGAUGGGGAAGCUGACAGGCCACAUCGGCUCCGUCAUGUGUCUGACAGUGGGACAGUCUCUUCUGGGAAAAGAUCAAGUAAUCACUGGCUCCAAAGACCAUUAUGUCAAGGUGUUUGACGUGGCAGAGGGAACUAUGGGUAAUGUAGGUCCAGCUCAUAACUUUGAGCCGCCCCAUUAUGACGGCAUUGAGUGUUUGGCUGUCCAGGGAGAUGUGCUGUUCAGCGGGUCGAGAGACAACGGCAUCAAGAAAUGGGAUCUGGAGCAGCAGGAGCUCACUCAGCAAAUCCCCAACGCCCAUAAGGACUGGGUGUGCGCUCUGGCGUAUGUCCCGGGCCGGCCCAUGCUGCUGAGCGCCUGUCGGGGCGGCAUGCUGAAGGUGUGGAACGUAGACAACUUCACCCCCAUAGGAGAGGUCAGAGGUCAUGAGAGCCCCAUUAACGCCAUAUGUACCAACUCAAGACAGAUCUUUACUGCGUCCAGUGACUGCAGGGUGAAGUUGUGGAACUAUGUGCCAGGCUUGACCCCAUGUCUUCCUCGACGGGUCCUGGCCAUCAAGGGCCGAGCCACCAGCCUCCCAUGAUUGCCUCUGCUCCGCUCACCAACCCUCCCUUCCUCUGCGACAAGACAGUGAAAAUCUGGUCGUCAAAGGUGUGGAGGAAGAGGUGACAACCGAAGGUGUAACUUUGUCGGCCAUUUUGAUCUAGCCACUGAUCUGUGACCUGCUCACUUCUAGCAAUGAGAUGUGACACUGAAAACACUGUUUCCAAGGCAA